AUGCAAAUUGCUCAAUCUACGAAUAACGGCUUCCUCGGUAGCAAAGCAGAGCUCGUCCAGGAUCUUCCAUCCGUCGAAACGUUUCACAAAUCCCCGAUCAUGGCAGCCCGCGCGACUCAAGCAGAUAGCCACCGCCAUCUUAAACUUGAUCCAGGUACACCCCAUCGCACGACCAACCCCUCAAUCAUCGGUGGCUUCUACGAGCCAAGUGAUCUGUCUACAUUGCCACUCGGGCCACAAACCGCGGUCACUGGGUAUUCAUGCCCUUUGUCUGAUGUCAACAUCAACCCACAACAUACACACCGGGUGUCACCGAUGCCGGAUUCCUUCCAUGACAAGAUGGACGAGACGCACUUUCUACCAGGAUUCAGGCAGCCGAUGGUGCAUUUCGACCCACCAUUCCUCCCUGUACCGAUUGGCUGGGAGGAUUCAUACAGUACUUUGUUGCAUGGCUGCUCUUGCACGCUUUUGAUGGCCGAUAUCGCAAAAGUCUGCUGGUGUAGUAGUGUACAGUCCGUCCGGCACAGACGAUGA